UGAGGUGGCCGAGGCGCGCUGCCCGCUCUCGCGCCCGGCCCCGUGCGCCCGAGGGCUGCAGCUGGCGGGGACCUGGCAGGGAGACCUGUUGGAGUGUGGCGCGCUGAGGGCCUUCUUCGUUCCCCGAGCUGCUUUAUCCGACUGGACAGCUGCGGGCCUCCGAGGCCGUUCAGGGGUGCUCGGGGUGAGGACAGCCGGGAGGCCUGUGGCUGUGAGGGAUUGCGAGGCGUUGACAGCAGAGGGUUGCAUUCUGAAGUCUUGGAGCUUUCAGCGAAAGUCUGGGAUUACAGCUUUGCGGGACGGCCGACCCUGCGCCACAGCCUGAGUAUUUCUUCCAGCAUGUCGGAGGGGGAGUCCCAGACAGUACUUAGCAGUGGCUCAGACCCAAAGGUAGAAUCCUCAUCUUCAGCUCCUGGCCUGACAUCAGUGUCACCUCCCGUGACCUCCACCACCUCAGCUGCUUCCCCAGAGGAAGAAGAAGAAAGUGAAGAUGAAUCUGAGAUCUUGGAAGAGUCACCCUGUGGGCGCUGGCAGAAGAGGCGAGAAGAGGUGAAUCAGCGGAAUGUACCAGGUAUUGACAGUGCAUACCUGGCCAUGGACACGGAGGAGGGUGUGGAGGUUGUGUGGAAUGAGGUGCAGUUCUCUGAGCGCAAGAACUACAAGCUGCAGGAGGAAAAGGUCCGAGCUGUGUUUGAUAAUCUGAUUCAGUUGGAACAUCUCAACAUUGUUAAGUUUCACAAGUAUUGGGCUGACAUUAAAGAGAACAAGGCCAGGGUUAUUUUUAUCACAGAAUACAUGUCAUCUGGGAGUCUUAAGCAAUUUCUGAAGAAGACCAAAAAGAACCACAAGACUAUGAAUGAAAAGGCUUGGAAGCGCUGGUGCACACAGAUCCUCUCUGCCCUAAGCUACCUGCACUCCUGUGAUCCCCCCAUCAUCCAUGGGAACCUGACCUGUGACACCAUCUUCAUCCAGCACAAUGGACUCAUCAAGAUUGGCUCUGUCUUUCAUAGGAUUUUUGCUAAUGUGGCUCCUGACACUAUCAACAAUCACGUGAAGACUUGUCGGGAAGAGCAGAAGAAUCUACACUUCUUUGCACCAGAGUAUGGAGAAGUCACUAAUGUGACAACAGCAGUGGACAUCUACUCCUUUGGCAUGUGUGCACUGGAGAUGGCAGUGCUAGAGAUUCAGGGCAAUGGAGAGUCCUCGUAUGUGCCACAGGAAGCCAUCAGCAGUGCCAUCCAGCUUCUAGAAGAUUCAUUACAGAGGGAGUUCAUUCAGAAAUGCCUGCAACCUGCACCUGCUCGAAGACCAACAGCCAGAGAACUUCUGUUCCACCCAGCACUGUUUGAAGUGCCCUCACUCAAACUCCUUGCUGCUCACUGUAUUGUGGGACACCAACACAUGAUCCCAGAGAAUGCUCUGGAGGAAAUCACCAAAAACAUGGACACCAGUGCUGUACUGGCUGAAAUCCCUGCCGGACCAGGAAGAGAACCAGUUCAGACUUUGUACUCCCAGUCACCGGCUCUGGAAUUAGACAAAUUCCUGGAAGAUGUCAGGAAUGGGAUCUACCCCCUGACAGCCUUUGGCCUGCCUCGGCCCCAGCAGCCACAGCAGGAGGAGGUGACAUCACCAGUUGUGCCCCCUUCUGUCAAGACGCCAACACCUGAGCCAGCUGAGGUGGAAACCCGCAAGGUGGUGCUGAUGCAGUGCAACAUUGAGUCGGUAGAGGAAGGAGUCAAACACCACCUGACACUUCUGCUGAAGCUGGAGGACAAACUGAACCGGCACCUGAGCUGUGACCUGAUGCCAAAUGAGAACAUCCCUGAGUUGGCAGCAGAGCUGGUGCAGCUGGGCUUCAUAAAUGAAGCUGACCAGAGCCGGCUCACUUCCCUGCUGGAGGAGACCCUGAACAAGUUCAAUUUUGCUAGGAACAGCACCCUCAACUCGGCCGCUGUCACUGUCUCCUCCUAGAGUUCACUCGGGCCAGGCCCUUAUCUGAGCUGUGGCUGCCCCUUCCCCCCAGUCAGUAUUACCCUGUGAAGCCCCCUCUCUCCUUUAUCAUUCAGGAGGGCUUUGGGGGCUCCCUGUCCUGAGCUUCAUCCCACCCCUCCGUCUUCCUCCCCUCUGCACUUUGUUUACUUGUUUUGCACAGACGUGGGCCUGGGCCUUAGCAGCCGCCUUCUAGCUGGGGGGCUAGUAGCUGACCUUCGGCUCCCGCCCAGCCUGUGUGAACAGGAGGCCCGUGGGCGUUCCGGGAGCCGUGUCCUACAAUCCCGCUGGGACAGACGGGCGGGAGAGAAAGGUGGUGCUGCAGUGGUGGCCCUGGGUGGCCAUUCGAUUCGCCUCAGUUGCUGCUGUAAUAAAGUCUACUUUUUGCUAAAA